CAAGGAGAGAAGCCACCCUUUACCUCCUAGUAUUCUAUUUCACCUAAUCCCAUCGCCCCCUCUCCUCCCCCCUCGUCCUCGUCCAGGAAAAGAAGAAAAAAAAAAUCGAGAACCGCAAACCCUCGCUUUCUCCGAUCGAAUUGCUCGCACCCCGGGCAACCACCACCAGUUCGGCCGCUCCCCACCACCAAUCUUCCCCCGCGCCGGAUGAUCUAGGCCUCUCGCCCGCCCGUGCCGAUUUCCCCCCGAGCUUCCCCGCGCGGCGCCGUGGCCAUGUCGCUCACCUGAGGAUACGGUCGGUGGGCUGUUUCUUGCGAGAGUCUUCCGAGUCCCCAGAGAAACAGCCCGGGGGCGUAAGUGAGCGAUCGAUUCGGAGCUGUAGGCGAGGCGUCCGGCUUGGUUGGGGGUUCCGUCUCGGCUUCGGCUUCCUCCUAUUCUAGCUUGGAAGCUAGGCUUUGCUUGGUUGGGUUUGCAUCUGACGAGGAGGAGGGGGUUGGUGGUGGUAGCGUGCACGGUUGGUUUGGGGGCCGGCUUGAUGCGGGACGGCGCGCAGGCUCCUCGCCGGGGCGGGGGGUUCUUCUCGGCGCGGUCGCUCUCUAACUACAUGCGGAUCAUGUCGUCGGGGGCGUCCACGGCCGCCUCCACGCUGCGGUCGGCGGGCGCGUCGCUGGUGAACUCGAUCGCGAACCACGAGGAGGAUGGCAGCCGUGACCAGAUACAAUGGGCUGGUUUUGAUAAACUCGAGUGUGGGGGUGGCAUGCUACGACAAGUUUUAUUGCUGGCAUACAAAUCUGGCUUCCAAGUAUGGGAUGUCGAACAUGCUGGUGAUGUAAGGCAGCUAGAGUCCAGACACGAUGAUGCUGUUUCUUUCAUACAACUGCUAAAGAAUCCAAUUGCCACAAAAAAAUGUGAAGACAGAUUGGCAGAUGUACGGCCAUUGCUAGCUGUUGCCUGUGAUGGAACUUACACAGGAAAUGGAAACAGCCAUGAUACUAAUGUCCCUGUUUUCGAUGGAACCAAUGGUGCUUUCCGUAAUAUAGGCAGUGAAAACCUUCCUACUGUCAUUCGCUUUUAUUCAUUGAGGACCCAUGAGUACGUGCAUACAUUGAAGUUCAGGUCAGCUGUUUAUUCCAUAAGGUGCAGUCCGAGAGUCAUAGCUGUUUCUCAGGCUACUCAGAUACAUUGUUUUGAUGCUGCGACAUUGGAGAGAGAUUAUACUGUUCUUACCAGUCCUACAGUUGCACAAAUUUCAGGUUAUGGCCCACUCGGAUUGGGCCCUAGAUGGAUUGCGUAUUCUGGGAUUCCAGUUCCGGUUCCAGAUACAGGACGUGUUAGCCCUCAGCUUCUUAGUCUGUCUCCCUUUGUUCCACCUCCUGGUUCAAACAGCAGUGUGGUGGCAUACUAUGCAAAAGAAUCAAGCAAGCAACUGGCUGCUGGCAUUGUAACACUUGGUGAUGUUGGAUAUAAGAAGUUGUCAAAGUAUUGUUCAGAUUUCAUUCCAAAUGGUAAUGGUACUAUAAAGCAAAGGAAUUCUGGCUACAAAGCAAAGGGAGCAACAAAUGGGCACCUCGUUGACAGUGAAUAUGCUGGAAUGGUCAUUGUUCGAGAUAUUAUCUCUAAAUUAUUAAUAGUUCAGUUCAGGGCACAUACUAGUCCCAUUUCGGCACUUUGCUUUGAUCCCACUGGAACUUUGCUGGUGACAGCUUCUGUUCAUGGUCAAAAUAUCAAUGUUUUCCGCAUUAUACCUCCUCCACAUGGGAGUGCAUCGGAAGCUGGUCAAAUUGGAACCUAUUUUUAUCUGUACAAGUUGCAAAGAGGCAUCACCAACGCGGUUAUAAAAGACAUCAGCUUUAGCGAUGAUAGUGAGUGGAUAAUGAUUAGCUCUUCAAGAGGAACUAGUCAUUUGUUUGCAAUAUCUCCAUAUAGUGCAUCAACAAGCUUUCACUACAGCGAUAACAACCCUGCAGAAAAUAAUUAUGUGGUGGAUUCAUCAAUUAAGCCUACUGCUCAUUGGUCCCAAAACUCAACAUCCUCUUUGAGUCUCAGUCAGAAGACACUUUUCGUAUCUGGACCCCCUGUUACAUUGUCUGUUGUUAGUAGGAUAAGAAAUGGGAGCAACUUAUUUAAGGGUGCUGUCCAUGGCGCUGCAGCAUUGGCAACAGGUGUUUCCAGUCCGAUUUCUGGUGCUGUUGCUUCAACAUUUCACAACUGCAAGGGUGCUGACAUUAAUUCAGAUGGCAGUUCACGUGGCAUGAAGUAUUAUUUACUAGUGUUUUCUCCAUCAGGAAGCAUCAUACAGUAUGUUCUUCAUCUCUCAGCCGAACAGGAUUCUGGGUUUGAUUUCCCCUCGGGCCCCAUUUCCUAUGGAUCAGAAAGAGAAACUGAUAGGAAGUUUGUUAUUGAAGCACUUCAAAAGUGGGAUGUUUGUCAUAAAAGAAAUAGAAGAGACAGUGCUGAGAGUUUCACAUAUAGUGAUUUUGAGAAUGGAGAAAAUAAUAAACUUUUCCAGAAAGUGAUGAAGAAAGGAACUAGUAUCUAUCUGUUCGAUUGUGCUGAUGAAAAUAAAAAGCUCAGUGCUGACGAAAAUCGUAACUUCUAUAUUUCUGAGAGUGAGUUGCAGACACAUGUUGUGCAGAUUCCACUCUGGUCGAGAUCUGGGAUACACUUUCAAGUAAUGUGGGGUGGAACUUCAGAAGCAGACAAUAUUGAUACAGUUUCAGGGGAAGUUGAAAUAGAAAAAAUCCAUACUCAUAAUGUAGAAUCAAGAUCGAGGAAUCUCAUACCAGUCUUUGACUCUCUUCAUACGUCAAGGUUUCAACAGACAAGGUUGAACACUCCUGAUACUAACAGGUAUGGACUGCUGCAGCGGCAGAAGUCUGAAAUUUCAGAAGAUGGUAGACUCUCUUGCAGAAGCAGUUGUAGUUCUUUGGACUGCAUGUCUGAAGGCCCCAAAAGCUCUGGUGACAGUGCUUUCAGUAAAUAUGUAGUAGAUGGUAGCGUAUCUGCUGUAAAUAAGAAUCCAAAUGUUAACAGCCAUGCCGAGCUUGUAAAUAAUACUGGGAGCCUUAAGUCAGAGGCCCAGCUCGGAUAUGUAAAUAGCAAAGAGGAUGGUGAAGAUAGAGAGCAACUCCCAGACUUGUGAUAUUGACGGUGAUCAAGAUGAUCGUUGGUGAUGGAGGAGCCUCUUUAAAUGCUGAAGUCUUCAUUGUGCGUGUGUAGUUGAAUUCUUUGAUUUCUCCAUCCGGAGUUCUUGACCUCUCUUCUAUAGUUCUAUUUAUAGGCAUUCAUGAAAAAAAUUACCGAUAAAAAGAUAGAAAGGGAGGUUGAAUUAUGGCCCUAUGAGUGUGGAAGCUUUGGUUCUGUGAGUUGGGGUUUCUAUCUUAAAAGAAUUUGUACAUAACAAGAUUGAUCAUUGCAUGCCCAAUAAUAGCACGUAAUUUGUGAAUA